CCGUAAAUCGAUCGGAUCAAUGAGCGGGUUUGGGCAAAAACUUGCCCACACCAAUUAUAUCUCUAAAACCCCAUCCACUUCCACCACCUAUAAACCCCGAGCAAACCAGCCAUGCUUAUUGGCGCCACCACUUGCAGAGCCCAGGAACUCUCUUUACCGACGUUAACUCUCUCACUUCUCCAUAACUUCAACACCAAUUCUAUGCGCACUUCACUUUUUUCAUUCUCUUCUCUGUCUCUUCUCCGUUCUCUCACCCUCUCAGUACCCCACCACCACCAACAGUGCCUCCACCGCCGUCUGCUUCUCUGCUCCCUACACAAAUCCCGACAUCCCCAUCAAAGAAUCUCCUCACUUCGUUCACUAAACUCUCUGCGUACUUCUGCCGAACAGUUGGCGUGCAAUGAAGAGAAAUGGGAUUUUUCUGGCUACAACGAGAAUGAAAAUGAUGUUUUUAAGUUCGACGGCGACCCGGGGGGUUCGGGGGCAAGUGGGGAUUUGAAGCACUCGGAGUUGGGUCUGGAAGUGAUGGAAUUGGAGGAGUUGCCGGAGCAGUGGAGGCGGGCGAGAUUGGCUUGGCUUUGUAAGCAACUGCCUGCGCAUAAAGUUGGGACCUUGGUUAAAAUACUUAAUGCUCAGAAGAAGUGGAUGAGACAAGAUGAUGCUACUUAUGUUGCUGUUCAUUGUAUGCGUAUUCGCGAAAAUGAGACUGGCUUUAGGGUGUAUAAAUGGAUGAUGCAGCAGCACUGGUAUCGGUUUGAUUUUGCUUUGGCUACAAAAUUAUCAGAUUACUUGGGCAAAGAACGGAAGUUCGCAAAGUGCAGGGAGAUAUUUGAUGAUAUCAUCAAUCAGGGACGUGUGCCUAGUGAGUCUACUUUUCAUAUUUUGAUUGUUGCAUAUCUUAGUGCUCCAGUUCAAGGCUGUUUGGAGGAAGCAUGUGCCAUUUAUAAUCGUAUGAUUCAGCUGGGAGGUUACCAGCCACGACUUAGUUUACACAAUUCUCUCUUUAGAGCUCUUGUAAGUAAACCAGGAGGAUUUGCAAAGCAGUAUCUAAAGCAAGCUGAAUUCAUAUAUCAUAAUUUGGUGACUUCUGGACUUGAGAUACAGAAGGAUAUUUAUGGUGGUCUAAUUUGGCUCCAUAGUUAUCAGGACACAAUUGAUAAAGAAAGAAUCACAUCAAUACGUAAAGAAAUGAAACAAGCUGGAAUGGUGGAAGCUAGGGAAGUUCUUGUGUCGAUUUUGAGAGCUUGCUCGAAGGAAGGUGAUGUGGAGGAAGCAGAAAAAACAUGGCUCAAACUCCUCAAAACAGAUGGUGGUCUCCCCACGCAAGCCUUUGUGUAUAGAAUGGAAGUCUUUGCAAAAGUCGGGGAAUAUUUGAAGUCUUUAGCGAUAUUUAGGGAAAUGCAGGAAUGUUUGGGUUCUGCUAGUGUAGCAGCAUAUCAUAAAAUUAUAGAGGUAUUAUGCCGAGCUCGAGAAGUUGAAUUGGCGGAGUCGGUAUUAAAAGAGUUUAUUAGAAGUGGUAUGAAGCCCCUCAUGCCAUCUUUUAACGAUAUAAUGAAUAUGUACCUUAAUUUGAAUAUGCAUGAAAAAUUGGAGUCGGCCUUUUCAGCAUGCAUAAACAACUCUCGACCAAACCGGGACAUAUAUAAUAUAUACUUGGAUUCAUUGAUAAAAGUUGGUAAGCUUGAAAAAGCACAAGAUGCCUUCAACAAUAUGUUAAGUGAUGAGGCUAUUGGAGUGAACACGAGAUCUUGCAAUCUCAUUCUCAGUGGGUACCUCUCAUCUGGAUACCAUAUGGAAGCAGAGAAGAUAUAUGAUUUGAUGUGCCAGAAGAAAUAUGAUAUUGAGCCCUCAUUGAUGGAAAAACUUGAUUAUGUAUUAAGUUUGAGCAGGAAAGUUGUUAAGAAGCCUUUAAGCGUCAAGCUAAGCAAAGAUCAAAGAGAAAUUUUAGUGGGGUUGCUGUUAGGUGGUCUGCGAAUAGAUUCAGAUGAAUACGAGAAGAAACACAUGAUUCGAUUCGACUUCAACGAGAAUUCUAGCACACAUUCUAUUUUGAGGAGACAUUUAUAUGAUAAGUACCAUGAGUGGUUACAUCCCUCUUGUAAGCUUGCCGAUGAAAGUAAUGAUGUAUCCUACAGAUUUUCUACCAUAUCGCAUUCUUACUUUGGCUUCUAUGCAGACCAGUUUUGGCCGAAAGGUAAGCCUAUGAUACCCAAGCUAAUUCAUCGGUGGUUGUCACCACAGGUUCUUGCGUACUGGUAUAUGUAUGGAGGUCACAGAACAUCUUCAGGGGAUAUUUUGUUGAAGCUAAUAGGAAACAGAGAGGGUGUUGAAAAGGUUGUCAAAACAUUGAAAGCAAAAUCUCUGAAUUUCAGAGUGAAGAGAAAGGGAAGAGUUUUUUGGAUAGGCUUUCUGGGAAACGAUUCUGUAUGGUUCUGGAAACUGGUCGAGCCUUACAUUUUGGAUGACUUGAAAAGUUAUCUAAAAGCGGGUGAUCGGACAUUGGAUGAUAAUGCUGAAGAAUCUCGAAAUAUAAAUUUUGACAGUGCCUCCGAGUCAGAAUACAGUGAUGAUGUACAUUCGUAGAACGUCUUUUUUAUGAGCCUAGUCUUGCCCAUUUGGUGAUUCAGUACUCACGACAAAGUUUAUUCGCAGGCCAAGUACGUUUAGAAAGAGUUUAUGCUUCUCAUCCCGCUUAUGUAUCAUCCUCAAAUGGCAGAGUUGUACAUACUAAUAUUGGUACAUAGUGGAGUCAUGUGAUUAAACAAGUUGAUAAAAUGUUGGGAGAAAUACUUUUUUCAGUAGAUGUUUCUUGUGUACGGUGUUAUUUAACGUUCGGCUGCUUGAUCAUCA